GAUUACUUUAGGUGUGUGGGUGGAGCCUUAGUCCAGACAAAUAGCCUUCACUACCAGCAGUCAGAUGAGUAGAAGUCCACCUGUUUUAACAGAUAUGGAGAGCUCAUUUAUGUUCUUACUGGUAGUUACUUUAUCCUGUCCUGUUCAAACAUACAAGAUCUGCAGAUCCACAGAGUUCAGCUGUGGAGAUGAACGAAGAACAUGUGUGCCUAUGAUAUGGAGGUGUGAUGGUGACAGUGACUGUCUGAAUGGUGCGGAUGAGGAAGGCUGUGACAAGAUCUGCAGAUCCACAGAGUUCAGCUGUGGAGAUGAACGAAGAACAUGUGUGCCUAUGAUAUGGAGGUGUGAUGGUGACAGUGACUGUCUGAAUGGUGCGGAUGAGGAAGGCUGUGAGGAAAAGCAGUGGCAAUCACAAGCCAGAACCAAACGGCACAAAGUGAAGAUGAAUAAGGGCAGCAUGCAGAUGACACCCGCUGCAAGUGCUUAAGAGACUGAGACGUGGAAAGACCCUCUAAGCAACAUUAUAUGAAGCUUACUGGAUAGAAACACAAAAACUUCAAUUAGAAGGUGGAGCCACACAAUCUCGGAGAUGUAGUGUAGAUCUCACUAACCACUGAAUGCAAGAAUUAAUUCAUCAGUUAACAUAUAUAGUGUGUUACUGUAAGGCAUUUCUGCAUAGAGUAAUGCUAAUCUGAAUUAAAAUCUGGUUCCAAAUUGAUCAUUAUAAAUUAGCUUAUUAUCUGUCAAUAAAACAUUUGUUCCAAAGAUGGUCACAGUAUACACAGAGCAGAACCCUGCACACUGACUAUACUCGAGAUACACUAGACACCCAUUCUUAUCUAAGGGUAGAGUCUCACUCACAUCAAAAUGUUAAAGUCCCAAUGCAUGGCUGUUGAGGGUGGAUGUUAAAUAGAAGGGAGUGUGCAGGGUUUCUUGUUGAACACAAGGUGGUGCUGUUAGCGUUAGUCUAAACUAAACCUACACCAAACUACUCUGACAAUGUUUCAGUGUCUGGUGACAUGCACAUAUUUUAACAUAGCUUCAGCUAAUCCUUCCCUCAUUGAUUGUAUGGGUUGUGUUUCCUUAUGUUGCUAACAUAGAAAUGCUCUUUUAUCACAUCAGUAUUGUAUCAGUAAUUGAUAUUUCUCCUAAUUUUUUAAUAAAUGUACUGCAAGCUCCAUCUUCUUUGCCUAUAAACACAAUGAACAGCUCUUAAUGAUAUUAUCUUUUUAUUUUGACACAGCAUAAUCUCCCAUAAUAAACUCUGAUAUAAUUACAUGA